GCAUGAGGCGCGUACCUUCCAAAUGCCUUGCCUAGCAACACUUAGUUCAUGCACACGAUCUGCUAGCUAUAUAUCGACUCCUCCAUGACCACCAUUCUUCACAUCAUCCAGCAAUCAAUCAACCACUGGCACUGCAAAGAAAGAAAUAGACGAACGGGGCGCAAACAAUGGCGUUGGGCCGCCGUUGGUGUGUAGCAGCUCUUCUUCUCGCCGUCUCCUUCAUCGCCGCAACCGCAGACCCUGAGCAUGGCCUGACCGUCUUCUGGGGCCGGAACAAGGACGAGGGCUCCCUCGCGGAAGCCUGCGACACGGGCAUCUACAACACGGUCAUCAUCUCCUUCUACAGCGUCUUCGGCCACGGCAGGUACUGGGGCGACCUCUCCGGCCACCCGCUCAACGACAUCGGCGCCGACAUCGUGCGCUGCCAGCAGAAGGAAGUCGUCGUGCUCCUCUCCAUCGGCGGCGGCGGGAAGGACUACUCGCUGCCGACCGCGCAGUCCGCCGUCGACGUCGCCGACAACCUCUGGAACGCGCACCUCGGCGGCUCCCGCCGCGGCGUGUUCCGCCCGUUCGGGGACGACGUGGCGGUCGACGGCAUCGACUUCUUCAUCGACCAGGGCGGUGCGCCGGACCACUACGACGAGCUGGCCAGGCUUCUGUCGACCUACAAGACGCGCCAAUACGACCAUGUGAGGCUGACGGCGACGCCGCGGUGCGUGUUCCCGGACCGGCGCAUCGAGCGGGCGCUCGACACGGGCGUGUUCGAGCGGAUCCAUGUCCGGUUCUACGGCGACGACCGGUGCUCGUACCCGCACGUGCACAAGGACGGGGUGAUGGCGCAGUGGAACAAGUGGUCGACUAGGUACCCCCGGAGCUGGAUCUACCUGGGGCUGCCGGCGGCCAACGAGCCGGGGAGGAACGACGUCGUCGGCGUCAUGUCCUUGAAGUACGACCUCAUGCCCGGCGUGAAGCAGGCGCCCAACUACGGCGGGGUCAUGCUCUGGGACAGGUACCACGACAAGCUCACCGGCUACGGCCGCGACAUCUACAACGCCGGCGUCAUCUAAUUAAGUAACAAGCAUUGUAACUGUGUCUGUGUGUGUGACAGUGAAAAAUUGCUUAUAAGCUGUGUAUUGUACGAAUAAAUCAUCAGAGGUCCAUAAUGAGACCUCGAGAUCGAUGUUUUGAAUUUUUCUAAUUGAUGCAAUCUGCAACUGUGUUAGCAUGCAUGAUCGGUUUUGAAUAA